UACUCAUAGGCCGGGUACACCUUAAUAUUAAAAAAUUCAUUUAGAAUUCAGGAAUUUGACAAGUAUUAAAAAAGUGAUAAACACACGUGAUAAAUUGUAAAUAUUGUAAUAAAUUUAUACAACAAUGGCAUUUGAUUUUAAAAAAGAAGAAGAUGUCAAAGCAUAUUUACAAAAUAUUUAUUUAGAAUAUAGAUUUGGAUGUGAAAAAGAAAAAAAUGGAAACUCAUGUCAUUUACUUGGUGAUUAUAUGGAAGGAAUAAAAAAUGAAUAUGACAAAGCAGCACAACUUUAUAAAGACAAUUGUGAUGAUAGAAAUUGGCCAAGAAGUUGUGCAAAAUAUGCUGGUUAUGUAUCAAUUGGUAGAGGAUGUACAAAAAAUAUACAAGAAGCUUUUAAAUAUAUACAAAAAAGUUGUGAUCUUGAUGAUCCACGUGGUUGUGUUAAAGCUGGUGAAAUGGCUGCAUCACCAUUUGAUUCAUUUGUCGAAAAUCGUGAUGAAGAAAUAAAACUGUCAAUUAAAAAUUUAGAAAAAGCAUGUCAUAAACUUAACGAAGAAAAAGGUUGUUUUAUAUUAUCAACAAUUUAUCUUGGUAGUCUUAAAAAUGAAGUUGAAAUUGAUUUACCAAAAGCAUUUAAAUUAUCAAUGAAAUCAUGUGAUGCUGGUAAUCCAUAUGCAUGUGCAAACAUAUCACAAAUGUAUGCACGUGGUGAAGGUAUUGAAAAAAAUGAUAAACUUUCUGAAUCAUUUAAACAACGUGCAAUAUCACUUCACAAUGAUGUUGCCAAAGUUAGAUCACAACUACAAUUUCAACAAGGUAUUGAUAAUUGAUUUUUAAUUAAUUUCAAUUUAACUCUAUUUUAAUCCAAAAAAAAAAAGUUGACUUGUAUUAGAAUUUGUUAUUGUAUAUUCAUGAUAUCAUUAAACUUUUAUAAAAAUUAAUUAAUAAUUUGCUCUUUAUUAAAUAAACAAUUAUUUAUCUUAAAAAUUGAUAAAUUGUUUUUUUAAAAAAAAUAAUAUUGUCAACUUGAUCAAUAUAUUUUUCUUUUUUUUUUUUUUUUUGUCUUUUUUAAGGCGCUUUUUUUUAACAUUUACAUGGUACAAAAAUUAUUCCUACAAUUAUGUUUUAUAGAAAUAUAUAAUUUAUAAAUUUUAUGAUUAUUCAUUUUUAAAACUUUCAUGAAAACAACGAUGGUAAUGUAUUUUUUUUUUUUUUUUUGAUUUUUUUUCGUUGAUUAUUCAAGCUCAAUAUAAAUUUUUUUUUGAUACAAUUUUUUAAAUGAAUUUUAACUUUCAUUGUUCAGUCUAUGCAAUUUAAAAAAGAAAAUUUUAUUCUUUUUAAAUUGCAUAUGUAUUUUUAUUUACAAAAAUAUAAACGAUACUUAAAUUCUAAAAUUAAUAUUAUAAACUUAAUUAUAUCAAACAUAAUAUUUUAAUAAUAGAAAGAGAAAAAAAAAUUUUUUUUUUUUUAGAGAUUUCUUUGGA